CUGCUCAACCUGUCAGCAGCUAAUCCGCGUCCAUCUAAAACCUCUCUUGCCUCCCACUCUGGUUAUUCUCAAAAACCUAAAACCUCUCUCAGCAGCCUCACACAGGAAAAGGUGCCAAUGGCUAGUCUUGUGGAGAACAUGCCCAAUGAGAAUGAAGAAGAGGAGGAUCUGAGCUUCGAGGAGCUUGGUUUGGAUCCCCGCCUAGUUCGUGCCUUGACAAAGAAGGAUAUCGCAAAACCAACACCCAUUCAACAUGUGGCUGUUCCGUUGAUCUUGGAAGGUAAGGAUGUCGUUGCACGGGCAAAGACUGGUUCAGGAAAGACCUAUGCAUACCUUCUUCCUUUGCUUCAAAAGCUUUUUACUGAGUCUAGUUCUAGAAAGACUGCCCCAAGUGCUUUCAUUCUUGUGCCAACCAGAGAGCUGUGCCAGCAGGUUUAUUCAGAAGCUUUAUCGCUCCUUGAACUCUGUAGAGUUCGACUGAAAGUCGUACAGUUAACGAGCAACAUGCCUCUAUCUGAUAUGAGGGCUGUGCUGUCAGGGCCUCCUGAUAUACUAGUCUCAACACCGGCUUGCAUUUCAACAUGCAUUUCAAAAGAUGCCCUCCAAACAACAUCCCUUCAGGAUUCACUUUCAAUUCUAGUUCUGGAUGAGGCAGAUCUUCUUUUGUCAUAUGGCUAUGAAGACGACUUAAAAGCCCUUAUCCCACAUGUCCCUCGACGCUGUCAAUGCCUUCUCAUGUCUGCUACUUCAAGUGCUGAUGUUGAGAAAUUGAAGAAGCUUGUGCUGCACAAUCCAUACAUUUUGACUCUACCAGAAGUAGGCAAUGUCAAGGAUGAGAUUAUCCCAAAAAGCGUUCAACAAUUUUGGAUUUCAUGCAGUGCUCGUGAUAAGCAACUUUACAUCCUUGCUCUUUUGAAAUUGGAACUAAUUCAGAAGAAAGUGCUAAUAUUUGUCAAUACUAUUGACAUGGGUUUCAGAUUGAAACUCUUUCUGGAACAGUUCGGGAUCAGAUCUGCUGUUUUAAAUGCUGAGUUGCCACAAAAUUCACGUCUCCAUAUCCUUGAGGAAUUUAAUGCAGGACUUUUUGAUUACUUGAUAGCGACAGAUGGCACCCAGAUAAAAGAUAAAGAACAAAUCAAUGGGGAAAAUCCUGUUGGAUCCAAAAAAUCUAAGAAGCAUACAAAGCAGAAAUUGGACUCAGAAUUUGGGGUGGUACGAGGAAUUGACUUCAAAAAUGUUUAUACGGUUGUAAACUUUGACAUGCCUCGAAGUCCUGCUGGGUAUGUGCAUCGGAUCGGACGUACUGGAAGAGCUUAUAACACUGGUGCAUCUGUUUCUAUCGUUUCCCCAGAUGAGAUGGAAGUUUUUGAAGAAGUCAAAUCCAUGUUGGGGGAUGCUGAGCACCCGGACUCCCAAAAGUUCAUUGCUCCAUUUCCUUUACUUACUAAAAAUGCUGUGGAGUCUUUGCGAUACAGAGCUGAGGAUGUUGCAAAAAGCGUGACAAAAAUAGCUAUAAGAGAAUCACGAGCACAGGAUCUGAGGAAUGAGAUCCUUAAUUCCGAGAAGUUAAAGGCCCAUUUUGAAGAUAAUCCAAGGGACUUAGAUUUACUGAAGCAUGACAAGGUACUCAGCAAGAAGCCUCCACCCGCUCAUUUACGUGCUGUGCCCGAAUACCUUUUGGACCCAACAACACAGGAAGCCAGCAAGAUUGUUAAGCUUGCCAGAGCUGCAAUGGGAAAAACUAGUUCAGCUCGUCGCCCGGGGCUUAAUAGAAGAUUUGGUAAAAGUAGAGAUCCUCUCAAGACUUUCUCUGCUGAGGGACGGAAGAAGUUCCACAAAGGUGGGAAGAGAAAGGAGACUAAAGACAGAGGAACUGACAAUCAUAAACGCAAUAAGAAGGCAAAACAUGUAAACUGAAUCCUAUAAUUUCUAAUUCCUUCUGUUAUUUAAUCUUUGAAACCCAUGCAAUGAGAAAGAAAAAAAGAAAGGAAAAGAAAAACCAUCAGGGUGUUGAUCGCCACAGUUUUGUAUUCAAGUAAUGCAAUGAAUUCUGGAGAGGCAUUAUUUAAUUUUAGUCGAACAGCUUACAAUUGAGAAUGAAAAAAAAAAAAUGUUACACUUGCA